GCCUCCGAUUCACAACAGCCCGUGACAAAUGGCAGCUACGUAAUAAACGGUGGCCUGUGAUUGGCCGAGGGGCCGAGGGAGAAGGGCGCUAGACCAAUGACAUUUCACUGUGAUGACGUAAAAGUCCAUAAUGAAAAUAGGUGAGGACUCCUUCAUGGCAUCCUUGUUGGGGCUCAGAAUGGCGCAGGAGGAGGACAAACACAGCCUGGAGGAGAAAUUUGCUGCUGCAGUUAAAGUGAUCCGAAGUUUGCCAGAAGAAGGUCCUUUCCAGCCAUCUGAUGACAUGAUGAUGAUGUUCUAUAGUUACUACAAGCAGGCCACCUUGGGGCCCUGCAACAUCCCCAGACCAAACGGCUUCUGGGACACUCAUGGCAAAGCUAAAUGGGAUGCAUGGAGCUCUUUGGGAAAUAUGACAAGAGAGGAAGCCAUGAAGAAUUACAUUGAGAACAUCCAGCUGAUUUUGGAGACCAUGCCAAUAUCGGAUGAAGUGUCUGACCUGGUACAGAAGCUCGGCAGCUUCUACACAGAAGUAGAUGGAGAAGGAGAAGAAGAGGAAGAAAAUGAGGUGGACAAGAGACCAUUCACCAGGCCCUUUGUACAUCAUGCAGACGAGCUGGUCAAACCAUUUCACAAACCAACAAUGGAAGGCUAUGGGGAUCUGUGGGAUGAUAUACAGAACCUCCAUGAGAAUGACACAGACAGCAGCGCUCGUGGUGUAAGUGUCAGUAGCGAGGAGGCAGGGGGAAGCAAAGAAAAUAGUGAAAUCGAGAGAAAGGAGGACAGUAGUGAUUGGAAAAGUGAGGAAGAGGAGAAUGGGGAUGAAGAAGACAAUACAGAAGAUGAAGACAAGGAGGAGGAAAAAGACUGGAGUCCUGACCCAAGGCUCCUGAUGGCGGACAACAAGAGGUGGAGGUCUGACACCAUGUGGUCCAACAGCAGUGUGGAACCCAGCAUGUCCUCCUUCACCAACGGGACACACAGCUCCCUCAACAGCGAGUUGGAGGAGGAGGAACUGACCUGUUCCAUAGAGCCCAGUGCACAGUGUAACUCCUAUAUGCACUUUAAUGGACACCUGAAUGAUCAUAGUGAUGCUGUUCCCGAGAAGAACCACCGAUCCACAGACUCAGAUAAUGAAGAAUUCUGUGACUCAAUGGAGCAUCUGGCCAUGGAAGAGGGGCAGUCUACAUCAAACAUGCUGUCACUUGGAUCAGGCUCUGCGUCAGUGAGGCAAAAGGAUCUUUGGUUUGAGAGCAACACUACCCUGAACGGAGGAGAGGAUCAAGUGAUCAUGGGAGAUACCUACCUUAAAGAAGGGAUUAGUACAAGCCAACACAACAGCUCCUUGUCAAGAAGAGGGAGAGGUUCUCAGUCACCAAGGGCAACAUGCAGCUCUCAGCGUUGUGCCAGUGCAGAUGCUGCGUGCUGUUGUGUGUCACAGAGCAGCCACCCGCUCAGUGCUGCCAGGGGAAACAUCAAUGAGCAAAUAGCUACAGCUCUGCUGAGGCUGCAGCACGACAUGACCACUGUGUUGCACAGGCUGCACACUCUGGAGGCGCUGACGGUGUCACAGUCAAGAUCUUCUUCGCCAAGGCAGGAGGACUCCUUGCCUGUAGCACAAAAGUUCCUGAGACCAUCCUGGUGGCCUUUUGACUUCUGCCCACUCACAGUGGUCUUGACUGCACUCUGGCCUCUGAUUGCCCAUUGGCUUGUUCAGGUUUAUUUACAACGGAAGAGAAGGAAAAUCCCCUGAAUUGUCAGACAACCGUCGGCAUCAAUCAAAGAACAUGAGCGCAGGAUGAAAUUGUUGCACUUUUGUUGCUUUGUGGCUUUUUCGAGCCACUACCACAGCCAAAGUGUAAUGAGGCACCAGCAAAAAUGGAAAAGCUACCUUAGAUAAAUGAAUGGUCAAAAAUGUGUUUAAAGAGAGACUCUGCAAUAUAGUGUAGCAUUUUGACUUCAUGGAUACUUUUUAGGUAUUUAAGAGAGGGAGGAAAAUGUUUGCAUUAUAAGUGCAGGCAGAUUUCUGUGUUACAGUUAGCUUAGCAUUAUGUGGUGAUCUUAUUUAUGACAUGUCUCACAGAUUGCCAGAAAUUCAUUGUAUACAUAACUCACAUAACCGAGUCAACUUUUAAUUGAAAUAAAUCCAUGAUCAUACAGUAGCUGUGGACCUUAAGUGAAGAUUUUUUUUCACCACCGUCAUUGCCAGUUAUUUAUCAAACAUUUUCUGUCAAGUUCACUUUUUUUUUCUGAUAAGGACAUCAGCCUUUUAUAUUCAUUGUACGAAUUAGAAAUAUUUCUUUUUAGACCAAAUAGACAUGGUGACAAAUAUUUAUGUGUAGAUUUGUAUAAUUAUUGUAUGGCUUCAGUGCAUUAGUAUCAAAGAUUGCACUUGUGGAAAAGUGCAAUACAAAGUAAGGACAAUCCAUAUGUUUAUUCUUGUGUCUUGUCAGCUGUACAGUGAAAUACUCUGUUUAAGCAAGGGUGUCGUGCUUUCAAAUAUACAGUUGUAAAACAUAAGUAUAUGAAGCAGAUUUUGACAUGCAAUAAACACAUUCUUGGGACAAACAUA